UCUGCUUUCUCCUCUCUCUUCCUCUCUCAAAUUCUAUCUCUCUCUCUCUCUCUGUCUCUCUCUCUCUCUCUCUCUUUAAUCUCUCUGAUCAUCGAGAAAUUCGAAUCAGUCAUGGCUCAAGAAGAGAUACAGAAACCUGCUGCUUCUACCACUUCCCCUGUUCCGGCUAAGGAGGAAACUACGGCACCGGUUAAGGAGGAAACUACGGCGCCGGUUAAGGAGGUGUCGGCACCUGUUACUGCUGAGAAAUCUGUGGCAGCGCCUGCUCCGGCAGCCACGGAGGAGAAGGUUGUGUCUGAGAAAGAAGCAACGGUACCGGUGUCGGAACCGGAGGUGGCUGCCGAGAAGGUGGAAGAGGUCGCGACAGGGAAGGAGGUCGUGCAAACGGAAUCUUUUAAGGAGGAAGGCUAUUUGGCUUCAGAAUUGCCGGAAGCUGAGAAGACGGCGUUGGCGGAGUUUAAGGAGAUGGUGAGGGAAGCUUUGAACAAGCGUGAAUUCACCGCUCCACCUCCAUCUCCGGCGAAAGAAGAGAAAGUUGAGGAGAAGAAAACAGAGGAAAAGAAGGAAGAGAAAACAGAGGAAGUAAAAACAGAGGAAAAAUCUGUUGUGGCUGAGACCAAACCGGAGGAGAAAUCUGCUGCUCCAACCGAUGCAGAGACCAAGAAAGAAGAGAAAUCCGCCGCUCCUGCUCCGGUAGAGACAACACCGGCUGCUCCGGUCGUCGCAGAGACCAAGAAGGAAGAGAAAUCCGUCGCUCCUGCUCCGACAGAGACCAAACCGGAAGCCCCGGUCACCCCAGAGACCAUGAAGGAAGAGAAACCGGCUCCGGUAGAGACCAAACCGGUUGCUCCAGUCGUGACAGAGACCAAGAAUGAAGAGAAAGCAACCACCUCUGCGCCUGUAGAGACCAAACCGGCUGCUCCGGUCACCACCACCGAGGCAAAGAAGGAAGAAGAGAAAGAAGCAGUGGUAACAAUCGAGAAGGCUUUCGCAGCUGAUCAAGAAAACGCAACCAAAACCGUCGAAGCAAUUCAAGAAUCGAUCGUCUCAAUCACUCUUCCAGAGACAGCUGCGUCAAUAGAGCCAGAAGAAAUCUCAAUCUGGGGAAUUCCACUUCUCGAAGACGAAAGAUCCGACGUGAUCCUCCUCAAGUUCCUCCGAGCACGCGACUUCAAAGUCAAAGAAGCCUUCACGAUGCUGAAAAACACCGUUCAGUGGCGCAAAGAAAACAACAUCGACGAACUCGUCGGAGAAGAUCUCGAAGGAAGCGAGUUCGAGAAGAUGGUGUUCACUCACGGAGUUGACAAACAAGGUCACGUGGUGAUCUACAGCUCGUACAGUGAGUUUCAGAACAAGGAGAUGUUCUCAGACAAAGAGAAGCUCGACAAGUUCCUCAAAUGGAGGAUUCAGUUCCAAGAGAAGUGUGUGAGGUCUCUCGACUUUAGCCCCGAGGCUAAAUCGUCGUUCGUGUUCGUUAGCGACUUCAGGAACGCUCCUGGACUCGGUAAGAGAGCAUUGUGGCAGUUUAUCAAACGAGCCGUUAAGCAAUUCGAAGACAAUUAUCCAGAAUUCGUCGCCAAAGAGCUUUUCAUUAAUGUCCCAUGGUGGUACAUUCCUUACUACAAAACCUUCGGGAGUAUCAUCACAUCUCCGAGGACAAGGAGCAAAAUGGUCCUUGCUGGUCCAUCUAAAUCCGCUGAUACCAUUUUCAAAUAUGUUGCUCCUGAAGUAGUUCCGGUUAAAUACGGUGGACUAAGCAAAGAAAGUCCGUUCACCGUUGAAGAUGGAGUCACCGAGGUCGUCGUUAAAUCCUCAGCUAAACAUACCAUUGAAUUGCCUGCUACCGAGGCUUGCACGCUCUCGUGGGAGCUUAGGGUAUUGGGCGUGGACGUGAGCUAUGGAGCUCAAUUUGAGCCAACCAACGAGGCAAGCUACACCGUGAUCGUCUCUAAGAACCGGAAGAUCGGUUUAACUGAUGAACCUGUGAUAACCGAUUCUUUCAAGGCGAGUGAACCGGGAAAGAUCGUGAUCACGAUUGAUAACCAGACCUUUAAGAAGAAGAAGCUGCUCUAUAGGUUCAAAACCCAAGGAUAAGAUUAUGUGCCCGAUCUUUGAAAGAAGAUAAAGAAAAAUGGUUAUUUUGUUAUUUGGAGGUGGGGAAUUUUAAUCAAUUUAAUUUAGUAUUUUUUUUUAUUUAUGUAAUUUUUGAAACCUUCAAAAGGGGAUUGUGUUUUGUCGAUGGUUUUGAUUUGUUUUGGUGAUGGGAUUCUCCUCUAUUGAUGAUUCUAAUAUAUACAAAUGUUUGUGUGCCGA